AUGGUGAGAUCAUCGCCACGAAGAGGGCAGAGAUCAAAGGGACUGAAGGUGAAACACUGCGUACAGUUGACGCUGUUGCUUGGUUUGGGGAUAUGGCUGAUUUAUCAAAUGAAGCAUUCACAUGAGAAGAAAGCUGUGUUCGAAGAGAGUGCAAAGAUUGUUGCCGGUGAUAAAGUGGUGACUCUCGGAAGGAAAGAUCUUCUUGACCCGCGUGUUGAGGAGACUACGAACGUGAAGGAUGAUGAAGGGAGCAAGAGCCAUGAGAGUUUUAAUGAGAGUGUAGAGAGAGAGGAGGAAAGAGGCGAGGAGAAAGCUAACGACGAGAAGGAAACCGACGAAGGUACCGGGAGUGAAGAAAGCGAUAAGGUGGUUGAUGAGAGUGAAGGUGGAAACGAGACGAGUAGUGAAGAAGCUAGAGAGAAGAAUUACAAGGGGGAUGAUGCGUCCAGCGAGGUUGUCCAGGAGAAGAAGGUGGGAGUUGAGGAAGAUAGUAAGUCUAACGCUACAGAGUCUGAGAAUUCUGUCAGUUUCCAUGAAGACGAGUCUGGUCCAAAGACGGAAGAGCUAAAGGAUUCUGUUGUUAAGAAUAUUUCAUCAAACGCAACCGAGGACAGUGGGGAGAUUAGUAGCGAUGAUGGUGAGCAACAGGAGAGAAAUGAAACAAAAACUGAGAGCGAGAGUGUGGUGUUGGAGAAAGGGUUCUCUGAUUCUAAUGGCGAGUUGCCUGAGAGUCACCAGACAAGUUCCAAUGCAACUGAAAAAACCAGCGAUGGAGAUGAGAGCGGGAAAUCCACUGGUUAUCAAGAAACUAAAAACGAAGAAGACGAGCAGGAAAAGGUACAAUCUUCUGAACUCUCAUCUCAAGAUGAAAGUAAAAACAAAGAAUCCGAGGACAAGGAUAAAGAACAGUCUUCAUCCGAAGAGGUAAGUAAAGAGCAAGAAGAGCCUUCGUCCCAAAAGGAAAGUAAAGAGGAAGAAUCUGAGAAAGAGGUGAAAGAGGAGUCUUCGUCUCAAGAGGAGAAUGAAAACAAAGAAGCUGAGCAAAAGGAGAACGAAGAGUCUUCAGAUUCUAAGCUAAAGGAAAACACCAACAAUGAGAAGAAAAUUGAACAGGUGGAAUCUACUAAUUUUUCGAAGACUGAUGAAAGCAAGAGCGAAUCUGUUUCUGUGAUAAACGAAACAAAGCCUGACACUUCAAAAACAGAGUCGGAGAAAGAGGAAAACAACAAAAGUGGUGAAACAGAGGAGACGCAGACCGAUCAAGACCAUUCCAAGUCCACUUCGGAUAAGAGUGUUCCUCAAGACGUUAAGGAUGCUGGAACUGAUCUAAAAACUCUUCCUGAGGCCAGCAAUGGAUUGACCAACGACAAAGUCGCUGCUGAGUGA